AUGGAAACCAUCCUCCCCAUACGGGAAAAGAACAAGGAACUGCAGAGCAUGAAACUUGGGGUUCAAGCAUGUAAUUCGUUGCAGUCCUUCAUCCCGAUGGUUGAUAAUGAUAUCUCUAUCGCCGUCCUCGACAUUGAAAUCACCAGGUAUAAGACCUGCGACAUCAGUCCCAGUAGGGAGAUCGUACUGCCGAUUGGUAUUUUCUCGAUUCCCAAUUAUCCUGAGCCAAAGAUUAUGAUUAGCUUGAUCAUGAACCUCCCUGGCCACCCUGCGAAAGCUUUUAACCAGUUCGUUGCUCUGGUCAAACAUGUUUAUCAACCCAACAACAAUGUGGGGCUUCAGUGCAAGGUUAGAUGA